UGCGUAAGCUCUUCCCGUUCCUCACGCGCAGAUGUUACGUCAUUUCCUGCGUGCGUAGAAACGUGGCUUUAGCAUCGGCGGCAUGCUAACAGCUAAGUCCCUGUUCUAAGUCCCUGUUGGUGAAAACACGCAAAAAUAAACGUGUCGUGUUUGUUGUUGGAGGUGUUACGAAGUUUUUAGGAUCCUUUAGGAGUAACUCCUCCUCUCUUUGUUUGUCCAGCUGCAGGUUCUGAUUCCCUGCAGAGUCCUGAGUCCUGGUCGGAGCUGAAAACUUCCUGAGCAGCGCUGAGAUGCCUCCAGACAGGUGGCUGGAGUACAGUCCUGUAGGUCGCAGGAUACCGGGGACUCGGUUCAUCGCCUUCAAAGUGCCUUUGAAACCAAACCGCCGGGUGUCUGAGGCGGACAUGUAGUCUGUGGGACAGAGUCAGAACCAAGACCUGGGUCUGAUCGUCGACCUGACCUUCAGCAGGAAGUACUACAGGCUGAGCGACGUCCCGCAGUCCGUCUCCUACAUUAAGAUCCCCACCCAGGGUCAACGGGUCCCCUCUGACGCCACCAUCCUGAGUUUCAAACGAGCCGUCACUCACUUCCUGCAGGAGAACUCAGACAAUGACAAGCUGUUCAGAGUCCACUGCACGCACGGCCUGAACCGCACCGGAUACCUGGUCUGCAGGAACCUCAUAGACGUGGAUGGCGUGGAUCCUGUGGCAGCGUUGGAGCUCUUUAACUCCAGCAGAGGUCACUGCAUCGAGAGGAGAAACUACUUGAACAACCUGCAACGAGGAGCCAAGAGGAGCAACCACGGCAUGGAGCAGCCGGAGGAGGAGGCGACCAGAAUGCCUACCUAACAUAUUAAAAACAACCUGGAUUUUUAUUCAGACAAACUGUGAAUCUUCACUAACAGCGUGAUACAGAGUGAAUUAAAGAAUGAGGAAAUGAAACAGCGUUUCUGGCUCUGAAAGAGGGAGGAGACCAAGAGAAACUCUGGGUUCAUUGAAGAAAACCUGCUCCCAACCAGGUUAGGUUAACAGACUCAGUUACCAUAGUAACUGGCUCAGAGUUUGCACUAAACCUUCUUUCAGAAACGGGCCCCUGUUCAGUCGAAUCUGUUUUUCUGAAUGUGUGUCUGUCAAGAGUGAUGUCACAGCUGUUUAUGGAUCAAAUAAAGUUAUUUUUCUUCUAAAUAAAAAGGUCUAUCUCUGUA